AUGGUGCUUAGAAAGUUCGAGCUGGAAACUAAGCUCAAGGACGACAUUGCGCUCGUCAAGAGUGGAGUGCUUCGAGACGAAAACCCUCUCGACGACAGCGCCGAGUUCAACGAACUCUUGGCAGCCUGCCGACAUGGCGACCUCAAACGGACACAGGAGCUCAUCUCCUCGGGUGUAAAUAUCAAUGGAAAAGACAAGUUUGAUUAUACGCCCCUCAUUAUUGCGAGUCUAUGCGGCCAUUUUGAACUUGUUCAGCUACUUUUGGAGUCUGGCGCAUUGGCAGAAAGAGACACGUUCCAAGGAGAACGUUGCAUAUAUAAUGCCUUGAAUGACCGGAUACGAAAUCUUCUUUUGCAAUAUGAUUUCUCCAAGUCGACAGAUCCUCUGCAGCCAUGGGCCGCGCACGUUACUGAACUUUUAAAUCGAGAGAUGCCAAAGACUUCAGAUAUCACCAUCAACACUAGCACCGACAGCUUUCAGCUACACAAAUUCUUGCUAGCGGCGAGAACCCCGUACUUCCGCAAGAAGCUGACAGAUGCCCCCGAGACGACUUCAUGGAAGCUUCCCUCUUCGAUCCCGGCUGACUCCUUCAAGGUCGUCAUGCGCUAUCUCUACCUGGGUGAUCUGCCUAGGGAUCUCGUUGGGGCGUGGAGCACAGUCUCGGAAGAGGAAGUUCUCACAGGCAUCGACAAGAUCAGCAAGCAGCUUGAAGUCACUCAGCUAUGGGAUGCCAUCCUAGGUGGCAAUGAUAGACGACUGGCACGUCAGCGACAUCAGGAUGAGGUUGCCAGGGCUUCCAAACAAGUGGGCGAAUUAUUCCGAGAAAAGAUCAUCGGCCACAAGAUGCUGGUGGAUCCCAAAAAAGUCGCAGAUGUCAAGUGGCGCCAUGACAACUCCAUCUUUGCUGACUGUCUCUUGCGAGCUGAUGAGGACGGCAUUGAUGAGCUGGACGAAGAGGAUCAAGAACAGGCAAGCGCCAUCCCUAUUGGCCCUGGAGCUGCAUCGAAGCCGCAGUCCCAAAAUGGGGAGCGCAAGCAUCCCAAAUCUGUCUUGUACCCGGCCCAUAAAGCAAUGCUCAUCCGCAGUCCCUAUUUUGAAACCAUGUUCUCCAGUCAGUUCGUCGAGGCGCAGGAUUCGGAGUUUCUGCACAUCAUCAAGGUCGACUGCCCACCCGCAGUUCUCGAGCUGGUCCUCGAGUUCAUGUACACUGAAAAGGUGGAUUGUCCGUUGGACUUGGGCCUUGAUCUUCUUUACGCGGCCGAUAUGCUCUUCUUGGACAAGCUCAAGACCAGAGCGGCCAUCGCCAUCAGCACACUGGGUAGUGGAAAUAACAAUGUUCUAGUAGAUCGGACGCAUCCAGAAUAUGAAGGUGCUGGAGAAGUAGAGGUAGAGCCGAUUAACGUUUACGAUGUCAUUCACGCAGCAUGGGAUCUUCGGGUACAAAGACUAGAAGAAUUUGCUGCACGGUACAUUGCGUAUAGACUGGAAGACUACAUCGACGACGACGAAUUCGCCGAACUGAUCCACGAAAGCGCCCAGCGUAUCCAGAAGCGAGAGGAAACAGAUACUAUCGAGUUGCUAGACGACAUUCGGUACUAUCUUUCGGAGCGCUUCAGAUUACGUUUCGAGGAUGCUGGUCUGGAUGAGAUGUUGGACGAGGAAGGGGAAAUCGACGCGACUCUUGCCGAAGCAUUGGCAGGGACCGACAUCACCAAUGGGGAGGUCACACCAAAGCAUGCGGCCGAUGAUGCUUCAGAGCAAAUUCUCGCAACUGGACCAAAGACGAAUGGCGCUGCAAAUGGUACUACGGACGGUAUCAAUGGCGUAGUGCGCACUCUGGAUGGUGAACUGGUUGAUGACGAGUUCUCUCAGGAUGCCAUCAACUAUCAGAUCCUCCUACAAAAGAUUGACGGCAUGCUCGAAAAACUGAAGCUAGAUGCAUAA